AUGAAAUUAUUAUUUUAUAUAUUCAUAUCACUAUCAGUUGGAGGGUCAACACUUAUGUUGACUCAUUUGUACUUUUUCGAUAAUAUGAGAGUAUUAGCUUAAAGGAUUUUAUUUUUUCUCUCAAUAUCAGAUUUUCUUUACUCAAUAGGAUUAUUAUUGUACGUAGAGCCUGCUUUUAGUGACUACAAUAAAUUUAGGUUUUAUGUACUAUUUAAGGAGUAAUAACUCAAUUUGGAACAAUAAGUGCUUUUUUGUGGAGCACAUCUAUAGCAUAUUUGUUAUACAUUUCAAUCAUUUAAGGAUAAUAAAGAAUUGCAAAAUUAGAGAGAUAUCAGAAGACAAUCUUUAUAUCAGGUAAGCAUAAAAACAAAAGUAGGCUUUGCUAUUCCAAUAUUAAUGUCAACUCCGCCAUUAUUCUUCGAUUCCUAUGCUCCAACUCCUUAAAAAGUACCAGUUACCUGUUCAAUCAGUUCAAAUGAUGAAAAUAAGUCAUUAGAUGAAAAUCGCAAUCUAAGUUUGUAUUUAAAUCUAAUGUUGUUCUACAUACCAUUAAUUUUUACAGUGUUAAUUUCGGUAUAUUUCAUAAUGAGAUCGUAUUUUAAAAUUAAAAAAAUUAAAAGUCAAUAUGAAUUGCUCACUAAACAGAUCAACAUUCAAUUAAUAUUUGCUAAAACGCUAAUAUUUUAUCCAUUUGGAUUGUGUAUUUGCUGGCUGCCUUCAUUAAUUGUAUUUUUGAUAUUCACUUUCAACAAUGAAUGGUUUUAAGAGAUUCAAAUAAAUUAUUUUAUAUCCGGAAGUGGAGAUAGUUCAAUACGGUUUAAGUUUUUUGCAGGGGUUCUUUAACAGUUUAGUUUAUUUGGUUAACAGUUAGAUAACGAGAAAAUAACUGAAAACCUUAGAUAAGGUGGAGGUGGAUAGGAUUAAUGCGAAAAAUAUGAUGUCUAAUAACUUUGA